AUGGCAGAAGAGAGUAUUGUCUCUGACAAAAUGAAGCUCCUCCUGGCAUUGCUUGCACUGCAUUCCUGUUUUGCAGGAUUCCACAUUGUCUCCAGGGUUGCACUAAACAUUGGUGUCAGCAAAGUAGUUUACCCAGUAUACAGGAACAUCAUUGCCUUGCUUUUGUUGAGUCCUUUUGCUUAUUUCUUGGAAAAGAAGGAUAGACCACCCCUUACUUUUCCUUUGCUGGUUCAGUUCUUCCUUCUAGCAUCACUGGGAGUUACUGCAAACCAGGGAUUUUACCUUUUGGGUUUGUAUUAUGCAUCUCCAACUUUUGCUUCCGCAAUGCAAAACUCAGUUCCUGCAAUCACCUUUGUUAUGGCUUCUGCUCUAAGACUUGAGCAAAUCAAUAUUGCAAAAAGAGAUGGAUUGGCAAAAGUGUUGGGAACUAUCGCAAGUGUAGGAGGUGCCACUAUAAUUACUCUCUACAAAGGCCCCCUUCUAUUGCACCAAUCAAAUACAACACAAGGGCAUUCCAUGGAAGAAUAUAUGUCCUCAAAGAACAUGCAGAACUGGACUUGGGGAUGUAUCUACCUCCUUGGACAUUGCUUAUCAUGGGCUGGUUGGUAGGUUUUUCAGGCUCCUGUAUUGAAGAAGUAUCCAGCUAAACUCACACUCACUUCAUUUACAUGCUUCUUUGGACUGACCCAGUUCCUGGUCAUAGCAGCAUUUGUGGAAACAGACUUCCAUCACUGGAAAAUCCAAUCAAAAGAAGAGCUUUUCACUAUCCUAUAUGCUGGAGUUGUGGCAUCUGGUAUUGUGUUUUCUCUUCAGACAUGGUGCAUUUACAAAGGAGGCCCUGUCAUUGUAGCCAUCUUCCAGCUUGCUAUCAUGGCAUUCAUGAUUCUUGGUGACCAAUUAUUCUCUGGAAGCGUGAUUGGUGCAGUUUUCAUAAUGGUAGGUCUUUAUUUAGUACUGUGGGGCAAAACUGAGGAGAAAAAUGUAGCCAAGGAUGAAGAUGCAGAUACAUUGAAGAAGCAUCUACUUAAUGAUCCUGAAAGUAGAGAUGUAGAAGAGGGUGCUGCUGAAUCAAAUACAGCUUGA